AUGUUGAAGCUGGUCAGGAUCGGAGACGGGGCGACCCUGCAGGUCCAGGCGCCCAAGAAGAGGAUAUUUAUCUCAGUGCCGCCGCACAUCAAAGACAAGGCCGUGGUAUGGUAUCCCGGUGCCACUGUCGCUCAGAUCGAGCGCUCCAUCGCCCGAGCCGCCGGCCUGCCGGACAACGCGGCGAUUGAGCUGAGGGAUGGGGAUGAUGUGGUCGUUCUGUCACCGACAAUACCCAACGAUAUCCACCUGUGGGUGGUGAACACCGUGCUGCGCCCUAGCCCUGCUACCGCUCCGCGCGAGCGGCCUCAAGCCACUGGAAGCCGCGUGCU